UCUUGAUAUCGCCCGUCUUCAUAUCUGUUUGUCCGCCACCUCCAGCUCUAGCCUCCAGCUCAGCCACCGAGAACACUCAGCAGCGGACCAGUACCCAGUCAAGUGGGCGCAUAGCGCACCACCAUGUCCCUCCCAUCGUUCCCUGGCGGGCCGGCGGCGACGGAGCCCCCCGCCGUCCCCGGGCCCGGGCGCGGCGGCGCAGGCGACCACCUCCCCGCCGCCCUCCUCGCCGUCUGCGGAGCAUGUACCUUCGUCGCGACGGCGCUGAGUAUCUGGUCCAUCGUGCUGCAGCUCAAGAACUACCGCAUGCCGGCGCUGCAGCGCUGCGUCGUGCGCAUCAUGGUCAUGGUGCCUUUGUACGCGCUAUCCUCGCUCAUUGCGCUGUACUCGCUCAACGCGGCGUUCUUUAUCGACGCCAUCCGCGACCUUUAUGAGGGCUUCGUGAUCUACACUUUCCUCCAGCUGCUCAUCACCUAUCUGGGCGGCGAGCGCGACCUCCUGCUCCGGCUCAAUGGCCGCCCACCCAUUCCCCACAACUUCCCAGUCAGCGUCUUCUUCGCGCCCAUGGACCCCAGCGACCCGUGGACGCUACUCAACCUCAAGCGCGGCGUUCUCCAAUACGUCCAGAUCAAGCCCCUCUUGGUCAUCAUCACGGCCGUGUGCAAGUGGACCGGCACAUGGAAGGAGGGAGAGUUUACGCUCACCUCCGGCUACACCUAUGUCACGAUCGUGUACAAUAUCAGCAUUUGUCUGAGUCUCUACUGCCUCGCCAUGUUCUGGGUCGCUGUUAACAAGGACCUGCAGCCGUUCAGGCCAGUUCCCAAGUUCCUCUGUGUCAAGGGCAUCCUCUUCUUCUCGUUUUGGCAGGGCGUCUUUGUCGGCUUCCUCGUUUCCACCGGUGCAAUCAAGUCCGUCGGUCCGUACACUGAUCCCGAGCACAUGGUCCUGGCCAUCGUGGACUCGAUGAUCUGUCUUGAGAUGCCAUUCUUCGCGAUCGCGCACCAAUAUGCCUUCCGUGCAAGCGACUAUAUCGACGACUCCGUCAUCCACGUCGCACGCCUGCCAUUUAUCUAUGCUGCGCGUGACGCUUUCGGUGUCAAGGACGUCUGGGAAGACAUCAAGUAUACAUUCCGUGCGCGUGGAGUGUCGUACAAGGCGUACGAGGCAGCCGACGGUGGCCUGCACUACGGCGAGGGGCGGCAGAAGCGCAUCCGCGCUGGACUUCGAUACUCCCGAGGUGGCAAGGCCAAGUAUUGGCUCAACGAUCCGAAUGCCGACGGCGAGCGUCAAUCUCUUCUUCCAAAGACCAAUGGAGAAAUGCCGUUCCGAGCCGAUGACAGCAGCGACUCUGAUGUCAGCGACGCGCCAAGUCUCGACUUCAGCGACCUCAGCGACACAGAGCAGCAAAUGUACGACCGCGCGCGACGCGUCGGCUACUCUGGAUUCCCCAACAUCGACAUCAGCCGGGAACAGGCGCGCCGCAUGCGACGACACGAGGAGAAUGGCAUCCUGGCUGGGCGGCGACUUCGACUGUCCUCAGACGCCCGCCAGCGCGCAGGUUCUCCUGACGCGCCGAUGCCUGGCCCAUCUGGGCAACAACGCCGAAGCACCAGGAAUCGCUUGGCUGACAAAGGCAAGGGCAAGGGCAAGAGCCGUGCGGGUGUCUACGGUCAGUGGGGAGAACGCGCCAGCACAAGACCUCCACCAGUCGUCGCGGAGGUCGAUGACACACCGUUCGACGGAGAGAAUGAGAAUCCCGGGGCAUGGCAGGCGGAGGAUCAAGGAGUGGGAUUACGCUGGACGCCAAAGCCCAAACCCACCCCAGUCGUGACGACGCCAGAACCACAGCCCAAGAUCGACGAGGUUCCCGAACCAGCAUCGCCAGAAACCGUCGUAGCACGCUCUGACGCCGUCGACCUCGUGAGCGAGGCACAACUCGAGACGCCAGAGACUAGGACACGCAGCAUGUCGGCAGCGGCGAACGUGCCCGAGGUCAAGCCUGUCAAGCUGAUACAAUCGCCGCACGAGGAGGAAACAUCGCCGAGCAUUGCUAGCAAGAUGGAAGCGCUCUCACCUCAUACAGACGUCCCACCUCGCACAACCGCGUCUGCACCACCACUCAUCGAGCGCGAAGCGUCGCCUAUCCCAUCGUCAGGCCACCCCUCACCCCCGCGAUCGCUCGAGGCCGAUGUCUCCCCGCCCGAUGCAUGGGAGAGGCCAGAACCUUCCUACCCAGCUCCUGUUCCUCCACCGCCUCGCAGCGAGCCGCGGCGCGGCCCCGCUCAACCCUCUCCUGACUCGACGGUGUCUUCCAAGUCCUUCCGCGUCCCCUCGUACGGACGCUGGGAUCCCGACGAUAACCCGUGGGCGUGAUACAUGGUAUUGUAGAUGAUGCAGGGUAUCUAGUUGUGCGAGCGCUAGUCCAAAUCGUCAAACAUGCCCGCGGCUUCCUUCUUCUCCGCCCGCCCCCGCGUGCUCCUGACCUCCUUCUUGAGCGCGCGGUACUCGUCCGCAAAGUCCUCCUCCUCACUAUCCUCCUUGACCU